GGAAAAUUUGAAGAAUGGCAGAAAGCAGGUUGCUGUGUGUUUCGUCUGGACUCAUGCUGCUGUGUUUUCUCUCCACAGUGGUUCUCCUUUCCGAAGCUCUGCCAGAUGUGGUCCAAACCCAGCAGACGGUGACGGCGGCCGUCGGAGGAGACGCUCUGUUCUGCUGCCAGCUGCUGCAGCCCAAAGACGUCCGGCAGGUCACCUGGCAGAAGCUGUCCUCCACCGGAGACGGCAGAGAGAGGGACCUGGCCUCUUCCAACCGGUUCUUCGGUCAGAGGGUGAACGCCGAGUUCUCCGGUAAGGUGGCGUUCAGAGACGCGUCCCUGCAGAACUGCUCCAUCGUGCUGCGGAGGGUGCAGGUGGAGGACGAGGGCUGCUACCGCUGCCUGUUCAACAUCUACCCCGAAGGCGUCUUCACAGGAAGAACCUGCCUGCAGCUCCACGAGCUGCAGGCACCGCUCCUCCAGGUGAGCCCCCCAGUCCCCGCCGGGGGCCCCCGGGUGGUGCGGUGCGUUGCCACGGGGCGACCCGCCCCCACGGUGACGCUCUCCGUCACCCAGCAGGACCUCCGCCUGUCCAACCACAGCUGGGUCACGGUGUCCAACCCCAACGGCACCGUCAGCGUCAACGCCUCGGCCCUGCUGUGGGGCUCGCCGCCGCACGGCGGCAUCGUUGGGUGUGCGGCGCAACAGCAGUCUGGUCCUCAGCUCCACACGUUUGUGACCCUUCCUGAGGUCAUUGGAGGAGGAUCCCCGAUGUCCGGGGAGGAGGAGGAGCCCGCCAGGCUCUCUCAUUCUAACGAAAGCAGCUGGGUUGCGUUGCUGCUGGCCGUGUCGCUGGCGCUGCUGUUGCUGAUCUCCAUCCUGGUUGCUGUGGUCCUUGUCCUCCGGCGUGAACGGAAGAACAGGAGGGAUCCGCAGAGGAACAGCACACCUGCAAAAGAAGCACAGCCCCUCACUGGACCAUACCAAACACCUUUAAGACAACCGGACUGCAAUUCGCUGAAGCAGCGAACUCCCAGCUCCAAGACGCCCGCUUCACGAGAGCUUUUUUCCCAGAAAGAGACUUUAGAUUCUUAGAUUACUGCAUUGAAAUCUGGGGCGGAGAUGACAACAAUCAAUGAAACAAUUCAAAUGAAGACACUGGUUCAUGAUUGAAUAUCAGUGAAAUGGUAAACACGGAUUUUGCAUAGAUUUUUUUUACAUCUCAUAUAAUUUGAACACAUUUUUUUCAGUAUAAGAUCUCUGUACAUUUAAACUUGUUUUCUAUGUUUGUUACGUAUUGACCUUUCAAUCGGUACAAUCAAAUGAUGUGAAAACCUGCAUACUUCCAGCUAGUGUUGUGUAUUCUGAUUUGGUUGAAUCGCUUCUAUAUGAUGAAUAUGACACCAAUGUAGUUAGAUUAUGCUAUU